UUGAGAAUUCCCAAUUAAACCUAAACUUGGAGUCAAACAGCAAGGAUCUGUUAGAUUCUUUUCCUAAUCGCAAAAGAGGCGGACACAGAGCUAACUAGAGACAGACCGACCGAGAGCCACUGCUGCAGCAUUGAGUAUUUACUUUAGCCAGAUGGAGGUGAUGAUUGAUGCUCUGGUCAUUUGCGGUUGCUUAGUGUUUGGUGUUAGUGUGAUCAAAAGGCUACUCUGUAGCAGACCCAGACCCUGGGAGACAUUACCUGACGAUGUCAUGGGGAUGGUUGUGCCGCACCUAAGUGUACGUGAUCGUAUACGAUUAAGCAGUGUUUGCAAGUCUUGGAACACCAUUCCUAUGCGCAGAGAUAUCCCUAGUGCUCCACAUCAACUCCCCUGGUUAAUACUUCCUCAAUGUUGCCAUAAGAGCUUGAGCUUUUUCGACCUCUAUGACGGCAAAGUUGGCAAGUUGGACCUGCCUGAACCAGUUCAAGGAGGGUGGUUUCAAGGAUCUUCUAAAGGCUGGAUGAUCAUGGUCAUGGAGAAAGAUCUGGAUUCUACAAUGUUUCUAGUAAAUCCCAUUUCAGGAGCCCAACACCAACUUCCAUCUUUGAGAACGGUUCCAUCUUUCCAAAAUUUUGUAGAAACGACCGGAUGGAAACCCUAUGGUGCCUCCCGUUUCAGCUAUUGCCUUGUGUUGUCCACCUCGGAUAUCACUUCAGAGCAAUGUAUGAUUGCAGCUUUAUUUGGAGACGGUGAAACAUUGUGUUUGUGCAGACCUGGAGACACGACUUGGAGUAUUUGCGAGGUAUUAGAUGCGAAUGAGGUCAUUAUGGAUUUAUUGUUUUCUUCUGGCAAGCUAUACGCCUUGGUUCUUAGUCGUGAUAAGGAUGGCUUUAUGUCAGCUCCUCACACUUUAAGUUGUGGAGGUCAUGCCGUGGAAUUAUAUCUGGUCUAUGAUAUAAUGCCAAGAUUCAGUCACCAGAAUGAAGUAUAUGGGGACUAUGUAGUCUAUUUAAAAGCAUCACUAGACUCACUUUUGAUAGAGUCAGCAACCAAUGGUGAAAUAUAUUUGAUCCAUCAAAUGCAAGAUAAAUUUAUGAAAUUGUAUGAUGACGAGAACCCCGAGGAUGGUGGCGGUGGAGGUCAAGGUGAAGGCGGAGGAAAUGAGGAGGAGGAUUAUGUUGAAGGCGGGGAUGAUGACAAUGACUCUGACAAUGAGGAACAUGACAACUUGGAAGAUAAUGAGGAUGGAGGAGAUGAUAUCCAUGACAUGGAUGACGACAAUGAGGAACAUGAUCACAACUUGGAAGAUAAUGAGGAUGGAGGAGAUGGUAUCCAUGACACGGAUGACGACAAUGAGGAACAUGACAACUUGGAAGAUAAUGAGGAUAGAGGAGAUGGUAUCACUAGAGUUGAGGAAGAAGAUCGUGACCUUAAUGUAUAUUUGAGGACAAGUGCUUUUUAUGUUUACAAGCUUCACCCAAAGGAGAAGAAGAUUGUUAGUGCACGGUGCCUGGAGGAUCAAGUAUUGUUUUUGUCGGGCGCGGGUCAAUUCUCCCUUCCUGCAAGAGAGAUGUUGAAAGGAAAUUGUAUUUAUUUUGCAACAAAUAAUCACUCGACUUUUCAUCAGCGAGAAUAUAUAAAUCGAGAGCUUGGCAUAUUCAACUUGGAUGACUCUUCUGUUAAGCGAUCUUUCCCAAGCGUUAGGGUGUCCGUACGCUCUCGACUUAGUUGGUUUACUCCGAUUUUACAGUGA